AUGGAGCAGGAACCUGGGAGCCGGGAAGAACUGAAAACGGAAAAGGGGGAAACGACGAUAGGGCAGCAGAAACAGAUUAGUACUGCCGUGAGCGGUGGCGCGGUGGUUCGAGCGGCGGAAGGGUGGAGGGACGGCGGUGGUGACGGGGUGAGUCGACGGCGCGGCGUCGAGGAUGGUGGCGCGGUACCGAGAGGAGGAAGAGAGGGUGAGAGAGAGAGAGAAUGGGUGGCGGUGAGAGGGGAGGGGAAAGCGAGCAGUGAUGGCGGCGGCGGGGGUGACGGAGUGCUCGCCGGAGGUUGGUCGGGAGGGGAGGAAGGUGAGGGAUGGGGGAAGAAGAAGAUGGAGGUUGAGAGGGGUGGUUUUGCGCGACUGCGCAGUGUGCCUCGCGAGGUAGGGUUAUCCUGA